CGGUGACUGAAACAGUUGGGGCGGUGGGUGACAGCCAACCGAGACCGAAGAGUGAAGCGACCCAACUUGACGGACACAAGAGGGUCUAUUUUCACUAUGGGGAAACCUUGAAAUGGCUAAUAUCUGAAUUUAGAGCGCGUUUAUUUACCUUUACGGUAUUAAAACACUCACGAAAUACGCCACAAAGGCUCUUGGGAAGCAGACAGAAAUCACGUAAACGCGUACAGGGAAGUAGCGGGCGUGAUGCGGCCGCGGAAUUCCUCCGCAGCGGACCGCUAUUUAUAUGACGUUCAACAAAGAAUCGAGAAUGGACACAAGAACAUUAAGCUCACAGGCUUCAUACUAUGACUGCUGCGAAAUUUAGGUUGUGUUUGUUGUGAAUUCUUAUUGUGCUUUCGUAGUAUUUAUAUUUAUUAUGGCUGUAAAUUGAGUAAAAUCUGCAAUGUUAUCUUAUGAUUUGUUUAUUUUUGGUGACAUAGUUGAUGGACACAUUUCAGUUUCCUCAAUUUAAGGGAUUUUGCGUGUAAAUACAAACAAUGCAGGCUGAAAAGACAGAAAAGCAUUGAGUAAAAUCAGGGUUUCCUUUUUGUUUUGUCACAAUCGGCUAAGAAUAUUAGGCUCAAACUUGUUCCAAGAGUCUACCAUAUGCCUUAAGCUGUUGCAUAUAGAGGAUUGAAAUGUCAUUAUUUGGUGGCUGGUGCGGUGACAGAUACAACAUUUAACUAUGUAUAAAAUACCACAUAAAUCACAAAAACAGAACAGAGCGAAGUAACAGAAAAAAAAAACAGUAUGUGUUUGUUAACAAUGACAGUGCAAACAAUUAAAGUGCAACCAGGAGUGUGGGUGUGUGUGUAUGACCGUGCAUGUGUGAAUGAAUAAACAGGUCCCUGAGAUUCCAACGUCUCAGUAGCUUGGUAUAAUAUAAUAUAUUACGCUCAGUCACUAUGCUGCUUUCAGUCAAAAAUAAAUAAAUGGGUGAUCCACUGUUAUUUAAUUUUAUUUUAAGUGUUAGUAACUAUGUAGAGUGUUCCUCGGCUAAUGGACGCUGUGAAUCAAGCACAGACCAUAAGGACAUCAGUUUCCCUGGUUUCUAUGGCGAUGGAAUCAGUUUGCUCGGUCGUCAAGGUGAGAGCUUGACAACACAGUCCCUCCCAAAGUAGACACAUGUGACCGCUUGCAUUCCGUCAGUGCAUCACCAGAGAAAACCUUUCUUUAUUGCCACCACAUUGAUUCAAAGUUAAUUCAGCGACCAGUGACUAUAGAAGAGAAAUGGCUUUGUUAUUUGAACAUGGGCGAAGAUGAAGAUAUUGGGUUUUAGUUGUGGUGAUUUCCUCUGUCUGACAGCAAGUUAAUUGUUUUGUUAAAGCGCCAUUUAAUGAGGGAAUUGGUUGCACGGUCACCAUGGCAACAAGGGUAUCCCUGCUCUCUCCUCGUCUCCAGCGUGCCGCUUGAGCUCACGUUAGAUCUGACAUGAAGCUUCACCAACAGAAGCCAUUUAGUGGAAUCCUCCUCUGGUGAGGUUUCAUCCAGCUCAGUCGAAGAUAUUGGAUAUCAAAUUAUACAUCGGAGUAGCACUUAAACAUUGCCUUGGUCGACAAGGUAAACACUGAUCCUCAGUCCACAAUUGUGUGGAAUCAUCCGCCUUUUGACUCAAGCAAUAAUUUAUAUAAAAUAAUAAUAAAAGCGCUGAAUAAAAAAAAAAUCAUUCUUUAUUUUGUUAUAUUUUUAUAAUUUAUAAUAAAAUAAAAUAAUAAAUAAUAGUGCAUUUCGCUAAUGCACUUGUCUGUUAUCUUACAAUAAUACUACGAAUAAUAAUAAUACGUCUGUAAAAGUCGUCGUUUUGCACUGGUUGCCUAUAAUAGAUCUGAUGAUCCUUAAAUCUCGAUAAGCAGCAGUGGAGAAUCAACAACAUUUAGUCCACAUGAGGGCGUCAUCUUGCCAAAACAGCACUGGAGCAUACACUCUAUGGCUAUUAGAAUAUGAACUGUUCUGAAUGGUUAUUAAAAACAACUUGCAGUUGGUCCUGAGCAAUAAAAUUUUGUGUCGAUUUUAACAUCAUAUCGUACUUUCUGUAUAUAAAUGCUAUCGUAAUUAAAAUUCUAAUGAAAAAUAGAUAUAUUUAAAGAAUACAUUUUAUAAUAUGCCCUUAUAUAUUUAAAACCAUGUGUUACGUCAGCUGUUGUUUGUGUUUACUCUGCUAGUCAUUGGUCCGCGCUGUGACGUGUGAUCUUACCUGCGUAAAGCAACAUGAAUGAAAUCAUCAUGAAAAUAUAUAUUUGGUUUGUCUGGUCUAUGACUGGAGAGGCCAUUAAAGGUGAGUUUUGAAAUGGGCAGUACAGUUAGAGUUGGAGUUACAUUGCAAAUCUGGAUGUUAUGUGGCAUUUGCAAAGAGCUAAAUAAAUGUGUCUUGAACCAACAGAGUGUUAAUCUUUGUGCAAAUUGUAUUGUACUUUUAGAUGCUAAAAAUGCUGCCCGUCCUGGUUGAAUUUCCAAAGAUUUUGACUGAAAGCAAUACAACAAGGCUGGGCGAUAAAGAGGUGAUUCAUAGGUGUCAAAAAAGACAUUAGACAAUGAAGAUAAAGUGUGGUGACAUCAUUAUUGCAAAUCUAAAUAAAUCUGUUUUUAUUCCAGAAUGCUGGGAACAGGAAAGAGUGUCAGUCAGUGAAGACACUGAAGGUGGUAUGCGUGACUGAAGUGCGCGUGACACUUUAUUGAUUGCCAUUUCUUGUGAUGAGGAAAUGAAGUGUUGUGACUUUUUAGUGCUCUCUUAAGAAUGACGUGCAUGUCGACACUACUUUUAAAUUCACCACACUGUGCGUGCACCGUGCAGCAGAACCACAAGCUGUUUUAUAGGACGUGGUCAGUGCAAACUGUUUCUGCUAAGACUUUCAGCCAGGCGAAGCAAAAACAAUCUCCAUGGCCAGCAUCGAUAAAAUGAAGCUUGGUGUGAUCCUUGUCUUCAUCGCAGCUCUGCCACUCCACAGUCAAAGUGGGAAGGAAGUGACCGGGAUACUGGGCUCCAGCGUCACACUACAGUUCCACUUCAGCACCACCGUGAUGGAUGUUAAGUCUUUCACUAUUCAAGUGAGAGACAGUCAGAGUGUCAGUGGGAUAAAGAAGAUUGCUCAGUGUGAUGUAGCAAGGAGAAGCUGCUCAGGAAUGGAAGUUAAUGACAUUUACAUAAAAAACAACUCAGUUUUUUUCCAAAUCUCAAGCCUGACUGAACAUCAUUCCAACAUCUACUGGGCCACUUAUCUGCCAGACCUCAGACCAGUAGACAGUGAUGAAGUUCAUCUGAGCGUCCUGCAGCAGAACAGCAGUCCCACUGGUCAAAGUGGGACAGAAGUGACUGGGAUCUUGGGCUCCAGCAUCACACUACAGUUCCACUUCAGCACCACCGUGAUGGAUGUUAAGUCUUUCACUAUUCAUGUCAGAGACAGUCAGAGUGUCACUGGGAAAAAGAAGAUUGCUCAGUGUGAUGUAGCAAGGAGAAGCUGCUCAGGAAUGGAAGUUAAUGACAUUUACAUAAAAAACAACUCAGUUUUUUGCCAAAUCUCACACCUGACUGAACAUCAUUCCAACAUCUACUUGGCCAGUUAUCAGCCAAAAGCAAGAGCGAGGGCGAGUGACAGAGUUCAUCUGAGUGUCCUGCAGCAGAACAGCAGCACCACUGCUUUGCCUCAACAGACUGUGACUGGAACCAACGCACUGACCCUGCAUCCCCCCACUGAAGGACCUACCAUCAGUAUUGAGUAUAUCAUCAUUGGGGGGGCGUCUGUCUUCCGAUUGGCUGCUGCACUGCUGUGUGUCUUCUGCUGUUUGGUGCCAAGCAUCGGUAACAACUUAAGGAUGUAGCACCACACAAAAGGAAAUAAACAGCUCAUCCAAUUGGUCGCUAAAUAGAUCGAAAAUUUAAAAAAAAUAUCUACAGGUAAAUGGCAACUCUUGGUCCUUUCAUACAUUGGGGUUUUCAAAAAGACCAUUUUGAUGGGAAAGUGUAAUGUGUGCUGCUUCCUUCUACUACUUCAAAAACUACAGGCAUAUUUACUGUUACUGCUGCAGUGGUCAAUAUCAAAACAGAUCAUUUUUCAUGAGCACAUUAGAAGUGCAGUCCAAGCAUUGCAGGCCUCAACGGUGUACUUAUUAAAGUAAGCUAUGAAUUAUUGUUUAUUUAUUUGGUUAAAUGAUAUAUUUUUUAAAUACAAAGAAACACUACUGCAUAAAACCUAGUCAUUAACAUGGACAGUUCAGCAAAAGCCAUUACUUUGUAAAUUUUUUAAAAUGGCUAGUUGAAUUAAAAUUGCAAUAUAGCUUAACACCACUGGUGUGAGGCGUAUAAUUUCUGCAACGUCCUCAUACGAAGAAGAAGAUGAUAACUUCAACGUCUGACUUUGAAACAUAGCUCCCACCACCAUUUUGUAAAUUAUGUUUUACAUUUAUUCUUAAUACGCCACCGUAAAGACGCUCAUUGUCUUUCAAGCCUUUGACUAUGAAGAUCAAAUAUUUUUUUACUGAGUGAAUAAACAGAACAAAAGUUUCAGUUUCUCACUCACCACAAACACAAACCUCAGUGGUCGACUCCCAUUAAAAACAAAAUAAAGUAAUGUAAAAAUGACAUAACUAGCACUGAUGAACUGCGCCUUGUGUCCACCAUCUUGAUGCCGUUCCAGCGGGAGUUUAACGUUGCAUCUCCUUCACAGGUGCAGCUGGGCCAACAGACACUUCUCUGGUCUCAAAAGUGUCGCUGAAGCUUUGCACCUCGGGGACAGAAGAAAUGGUCCUGACACAUGGACACAGCGUUGUGUGUUUUGUCCCGAAAGACCAGGGUCAGGUUGAGAACUGAAUCCCUGCAUCUGGUCCUGAUAUCGGCCUGUUCUCCGCUCAUCAGCAACAAAAUAAAUCAGUGUUUUACUGGAGUAUUUUUGUAUUAUUUUACACGGCAACAAGCACAGGUUUGUUCAGCUGAUGCAAAACUCAUGCGGCUCAAUAAGGCUCAGAAUGUAAAUGCUGAAA